GCCUAAUGAAGUUCGUCGAAUUCAUAGCAAAAACAAAACGCGUUGAACGUCAACAUGACAUUUGAUUGACACCUAACCUCAAAAUCCAUACUUUACUACUAUCACGAUAUUCACGAUUACGUGAAUAUUUUAACUAAAAAUGUCUAAUAAGAGCUUGUUUUUGAAGUCAGGCUUCGUACGGGCGCCUCUUCAGAACGGUGUUGGCCGCUACGUAUGUCAGUUGCAAAGAAUUGUGCUUAAAUUCUGUAAAAGUAAUGGAAGCAGCCGUGGUAUAAGGGACUUCAUAGAGCAGGAUCUGGUAGAGUUUGCGCGGGAGAACCCGGGCGUGGUGGUGUACCUCAAGCCGCGCCGCCACCGCGCGCCUGUUGUUGUUGGAGAAUACUUGAACGGCGACCGUGUAUGGAUGAACAUGUGUAACAAGAACCAAUCAGAGAUCACAAAAUGGAUAGAAGUCCUCCGCACACAACAGGGAGAUGUGUCCAACACUCGUCUCAGAAAGUACCAGCAUACGGACCACCCGUCCAUACAGGGAGCCUGGAGCCCGUGGACAUUUAAAAUGCCUGAACUUAACACUGCUACGCUCCCUGACACUGAGUUUGGAAGAAAUGACAGACUGCCCCGUUCUGCGACGGAGGAGCUGAGACUCCUGUUCGAGAAGCAACGGCUGAAUGAUAAACAACUCAAGACUGGAGAAUAGACUAACAAGACUAACCAAAUUUUACAUCUUUAGGGUAUAAGGGCCAUUUUUUUUUUUUCAAAGUUGUCCACCCCACUUUUUUUGUAACAUGGGUAUUUUUUACGCGAUUCAUGCACGCA